AUGCUGACGAUCAAUCCCAUGAUGCAAUCCCUACAGCCAACAGGAUACCAAGAUUGUGUACCAUCGACGAGCCUGAAAUACGCUACCCCCACCCCAGGCGUAGCCGGUGAUGGGAAAUACGAUAAACUUACGGCAGAAGACUUGCAGCUUGUCCAGGAGCUAUUCAGAGCUAACGAGCCCCUCAAAGCUCCGCUUGAUUUUCAAUUCAAAGAUGAGCUGACGUUGAUGGACAUUGUGAAAAUCAUUGAAGCAGCACUGAAAAGGAUAGUGUGUAUGGCUAGAGAUCUUACUGCAUUCCAAGCCUUGGAUAUUGAGGAUAAAAAGAAUAUCAUGAAAGGAAGCUGCAGCGAGUUGCUCAUUCUUAGAGGAGUAAUGGCAUUUGACCCCACGAAGAAUACAUGGAACCACAACUUUUCAACGGGUUUCAAAGGAAUGGAAGUCAAACUGGAUUUGCUGAAACUGGUCACCGAAUCACAACAUUACGAGGAGCACAAGAAAUUCCUCACCGAGUUCCACCAACAAAUUCGGGCCAAUGAGUGCGUAAUGUUGCUGUUGAUGGCCAUUGUCAUUUUUCGCCCGGACAGACACAAUCUUCGGGACACACAUCGUAUUCGGGAUAUCCAGUACAUGUAUUAUGGGGUGCUCAGAAGGGUUGUUGAAUGCGAAUACACUGGUGGUGAAGCUGUGCAAAUUUACGAGGCGCUUGUUCGCAAACUGGAGGAGCUGAAACAUCUCAAAGAGGGCUUGGUUGAAGCUUUCUACGGAUUUGACAGUCGCCAGUUGGAUCCGUUAAUCAAAGAGUUGUUCGAUAUGAUUUAA